CUCCAACGUCACUCCCAACCUCCAUUUAAAUCACUUGAAUAUCCAGUAGGAGCUGCAAUCCUCUCUGGGAAAUUUUCUUUUGCGGAAAGAUCUUUGCUAAUCUUCAGAUUAGACUCUUUGAGACUUUAUGACCAUGCGUGCUUACAGAAUGCUUUCCCCCGGGUUGCGCUCCGUCACAACAAGGCGCCCAGUGAUCCCAGCCCGAAGAAGCUUCUCAACCUCGCCAUCUGUGAGGGAGGCAGCAGGCUCCACGUUGCCCACUAAGAAACCUGUUGGAGCUUUCCGUGGAGGAAUAUUUGGCUUCCUUACAGGAACUAUUGUUGCCGGUGCUUCCGUGUAUUACUACAUUCUUGGGGAGUACAGAGUGACCAACGAGAUGUUGGCCGAGGAUAUAUACGCGCUCCAAGCAGCAACGCAAAAGCUCCAGACAUACAUUGGCGAACUGGAGACGAAAGUGGACCAACUUAGAAAGAAAUAGUCCUCAUAUGACACCACUAAAACUAGCUUCUAUCGACCUUUCCCAGGCGUUUGUCUUUAAUAUGGGUUUCCAAACAUAUUUCUUUUCUCGUGAGCAGCUUCUGUCCGGCAUUGUGUGAGCUUCAGUAGGAGAAGAUAGGUUCAUUGUCCAUGCGUUGCAUCAACUACAGCAUAAUGGGUAUUCCCUUUGUAUGAUAUUAAUCGGACAUUUGAUUUACUCCAAUACAGAUUGUCUAAGAUAGUAGGAGUAGAUUCAAUACUUUUGAGCGGCCAAGUCAACUGCGUCAUUUCUAUUGGUGCAAACAAUGCAAACAUCAGCGGUCCCAUGGAACAUUUUCGGGGAACGCCAAAG